AUGAGCCAUCUCCAGGAGACGAAUAAUGCACCUGUAACGGAGGAAGUAACCCAGGUUGAUCAUGAAUCUAAGACCGGGGUAUACACAACGACCAAGGACGAGUCGAAGAAUGAAUACGGACCGACCAAACGGCAAAGUCAGAUUACCAUCUUAAGUUGUGCUUUGGCAUACUUCAGCGAUGGAAUCCAAAACGGCCUCGCAAAUCCCACGAAUGUGAUUUUCAAGGGAUUGCUUGGCUCAUCGGAAUUCUCAUCGGAUAUGAAAACACGAAUCAGCAAUUCUCUGCUUGUUGGUGCCAUUAUUGGUACCGUUGUGUUUGGAUACACUUCUGAUAUGUUCUCUCGCAAGGGUGGGCUAUUGAUCACCGCCUCAAUAGUUGCGAUUGGAACUCUGAUGUCGACGGUCGCACUCUCAGUUAAUCCUUCCCAAAACAUGCUAUGGUAUUUUGUUGUCGUGCGUGGUAUUGCUGGAUUUGGAGUAGGAGGCGAGUAUGCUCCAGGCGCGGCUGCUGGUAUUGAAGAAAUGGAGAGUAUAAUGCCCAAAUGGCGCGGUCCGGUCUAUGCAUGCUGCAAUACAUUGAUGGCCACAUUGGCGAGCCCAAUAUUGAUGAUCAUCUACUUGAUUUGUCUCGUUGCCAGCGAUAAUAACCUCACGGUCACAUUUCACGCUAUGUACUCUAUUGCGACGAUUUUGCCCUUGAUUAUUGUUGGCCUCCGUUUCUUCAUGGCUGAUUCAACGCUGUUCUAUCGGUCCAAUUUGAAAAAGCAACAAUUUACGAUGCGCAUCUAUAUGCUACUAUUCCGCCGAUAUUGGUGGCGCAUAUUCACAACCUCAUUCGCCUUUUUCCUAUAUGACUUUAUCAACUUCCCGAAUAGUAUCAUGUCGAGUUCCAUUAUUGCGUCUCUGGUGAAAGAUGGUGACAUUCGCCGCACAGCUAUUUGGCAAGUCAUUUUAGCUGUCUUGCCCGUCCCUGGCGUUCUAGUCGGUGCCUGGCUGACCAACGUUAUUGGCCGACGUAACACUGGUAUCCUGGGAUUUGCGGGAUAUAUGGUCAUGGGCUUCAUUAUUGGCGGGACGUACAACAAAUUGUCUCAGAAUAUUGCUGCCUUUGUUGUUCUCUAUGGACUCUUGCAGGCUUUGGGUCAUAUGGGACCGGGUUGUUCGAUUGGAUUAAUUUCCACUGAGAGUUUCCCCACCGCAAUUCGAGGUAUGGGGUAUGGAAUCGCAUUGGCUUUUGGCAGAACGGGAGCAGCAGUUGGAACCCAAUGUUUCACUCCAUUAGAAGAUGCCGCUGGAAACAGUGCAACGUUCUAUCUGGCUGGCGGAGUCGCAGUGGUGGGUAUCCUUGUAUACUGUCUGUUGCCCGAGACCAGUAAAUUCGAUCUCGAAAAGGAGGACAGACUUUUGGAGGAGUUCCUUGCUGAGCAUGGAUACCAUAUUGGAAAAUAG